AUGGAUAUCUUUAAGUCACUUACCGUAGGUGCUAAGUUUAGCCAAUCUCGUAACAGUGUCCCUUUGAAGUUGUUUUCACAAGGAAAGGCACCUAAACCUUUGAUUGGCUCGCUCGAACUUCUUAACCAGGUAGACAAUGUCGAGGAAGGUAAAAAAUUGAACAACAGCGUUUUUUCACCGCAGCCUAGUUUAAAUAUUGAUAUGUUUGAAAAUGCAUCGGUUCAUCAAAGUGGUGGGAUCGCUCCUGGAGCCAUUGGAGGCGAUUCACAAGGUAAAAAAACUCCAAAGUCGAAUCCUCUAAAACCGAUGAGCUAUAAAAAAAUGAAAAACACAUGGCGGAAGUCUGACUUGCAGGUAACUGGUAUCGAUGUCCCACCUCCUAUCACGCACUUUUCUGAUUUGGUUCGUCCGCCUCUGAAUGUUCAGACGAACGUGGUAGGAAAUUUGUUUGAACGCGAGCAUAAAACACCUACGCCAAUUCAGUUACAGGCAAUUCCCACGCUAAUUUACCAGCGCGAUGUUCUGGCGUGUGCACCUACGGGAUCCGGUAAAACCAUUGCUUUUCUAGUUCCCAUGUUUACCCUCCUUAAGGAGCCAAGUCGUGAAGCUGGGGUACGAGCCCUGGUCGUGUCCCCUACUGUGGAGUUGGCACAGCAAAUCGAGCGUGAGGCCUUUUUCCUCAUGAAAGGCCAGCGCUGGCGCUUUGUUCAGCAUGGCCAGACAACCAGUAAUAAAGACAUCAUGAUCUCUAGCCCAGGCCGUAUCGUUUCGUUGCUGGAAAAAAAGAAGCUGGAUUUGUCACACGUUCAGUACAUCGUGUUUGACGAAGGCGACCGUCUGUGGGAUGUCGGGACUGACUUCCUUGUGGUGGUCGACAAAAUUCUAGCAGCAUGCUCACGUAAGGAUAAGGUUAUUUCCCUUUUUACGGCUACACUUAGUGAAAAAAUAGAGGGAGCAGCACGAACUGUCAUGCGCUCUGAUCCAAUUCGUAUAAUCGUGAGGGGUCGGCAAAGCUCAAACAUCAAGGUUCAGCAAAAGCUUGUCUUUUGUGGAAAUGAACUAGGAAAGAUAGUAGAAAUGCGUAAUCUAAUUCGAGAGGGCAUCACACCACCUGUUCUGAUUUUUGUUCAAAGCAUCGAGCGCACUAAGGAGCUCUACGAUGAAAUUCACUCCCAAGGGCUUCAUGUUGCUUUAAUAAACUCCAAAAUGAGCAUUGAGGAACGGGACGAAACUGUACUUAACUUUAGAUUAGGUAAAACUUGGUUUCUUAUCACAACAGAGCUGCUAUCUCGAGGUAUUGACUUCAAAAAUGUCGGUACUGUGAUCAACUUCGACUUUCCUUUAUCAGUCGAAUCUUACAUUCAUCGUGUAGGGCGAACUGGCAGAGCCGGAAAGCAUGGUACUGCCAUCACCUUCUUCACUGAGGACGACCGUGAUCGACUUCCGCCAGUGGCAAAAAUUAUUAAAGAGUCUGGAAAUGAUGUUGAAGAUUGGAUUUUGGAGAUUAAAGUGGAUCGUACGUUGCGUCGCCGUCUCGAGAGGACAACACCACGACGCAUGGUCGUAAGUACGCGGAAACGUAUGCUCAUUGCAGAUCAGCGUAUAGAGAGGCAGUAUCGCCGUUUAGAAAAAGAGGAAGCUGCCAAGACCAGCUAA